GUCGGCGGCUGCGGCGGCGGCGGCGGCGGCGGCGGCAGCUGCAAGUUGAGCUGCAGGGGCAGCGCAUACACUACAAUGGCUGCUGGAAAGAGGCGUAAGGAAACAAUUUCCAGGCCCGCCGCGUCCAGCCCGAAAUAUGAGAAAAAAAUUAUUAGAAAUUCCGCGGGCGGUGUAAAGGCGGCGGACGGGCCGGAGGGAGGAUGUUAAAGCUCCGCGGUUGCCUGUCAGUGCUGCCUGGGUGGUAUUGGGCACCCAGAAUGCUUCAGUCUGUGAUGAUCUAUUAAUAAGGUGGCCUUACUAGAGUUUGGAACAGGGCUUCAGUUACUUUACUGUCAUUUAUGGGAAACAGCAGUGAAUAAAACUGGCCUGAGCCUGCCCUGAGCUGCCUACAGUUGACUGCUUAUUCUCUGAAGGUCUUUUUUGUUUUUUGUUUGCUUGAUUUUUGCAUUUGUUUUUAAUUUUUUGACAGUCUAAUAUGUGUACUGAAUGCAUUUUGAACAUACCCCAUUACCCUUUCUUAAGUUUUUAUAAAUACAAGAUAGUUAAUUUUUUUCUUCAUUAGCAAUGAACUCUAUAGAAUGAGAGCUAACUGAUAACAAUGUCCAAGUUAGGAUCAAUGACAUUUUAAAGCAAUGUUCCUAAUAUGGUAGUAUGUCUCCUUCAAAGUUAUAUUUAGUUAUGUAAUCUAAUUCAUCUCCUUCAUAUUAUUCAAGAUUCUAUUAGUGCUUCUUACAUAAAAAGCAUUAUCACUGCUACUUUUCCUUCUGUGAGCCACCCUGUUGGAAAAUGUUGUAAGCAUACGUUGAUAUUUUUCUGAAUUGGGAACUAAUGGUAUGUUAUGAUUAGUAUAAGGAAGAGCAAAGCCUUGGUGAGUGAUAGCAUUUGCUCUUAGCAAAAUCUGACUUUUAAAAGUGAAAAAAAAAUUAAUGCUGGUAAGUAUUGCUCAAAAUUUACAACUGUUAGCAGUACAACUCUCAAAACUGUGGGACAUCCAAUGAAAACAACACAAACAAACCCUGUUUUAGUAUGUACUCAUCCUUUGGCUGACAUCUCAUAGAGGUUGGUUUCAGUAGACCCCCUGAGGUGCAAUGUAUUUGCUUAUUAUUUUUCUUCAUGAGCCACUAUUUGCCAAGAAUAAAUUAAAGCAUAAGAAGAUGAACUUUUGUGCUCAAGCAUAUAACCUUCCCUCUUCUCUAGCUUCUAUUGGAUGCAGAGUCACCUUUGGAGUAGAGGGUAGAGGCGGUGUGUCUGCUUGGGUAUCAUCAGAAGCUGGGGUAUAGUAUUCUGAAACAUUUCACUGCAGAGCAGUGUAGAGUGGGUAUGUGUAGUCUCUGCCUUCUGUUACAAUUCUUCAGACAAAGGCAAGGUGGAAUUUCCAUCACUGAUGUAACCAGUCUUUGAUAAAUUAUUUUAACUAGAAACGAAAAACAUGAAUUAAGGUUUUUUCCUCUUUGGUUAUAGACUUUUUAGAGCAGUAAAGAGACUUCCUCCAUUGCCCCUUUGGGUGCAUGAAAGAGGAUACUCAGAUAACUUUAGUUAACAUGUUAGCUAGGAUUAUAUGAAUAUAAACUAUUUAAUUUUUAUGUUUAUUCUGUCAAACAAUUCAAAUCAACUCUUGACAUCUUAUGUCUUGGGAAAAAUGAGCAGUUCUUUGAAAUUAAUUGGCAACUAAUAAAAAAUUCAAAGUAAGGUAAAAAUUUAGAGAAAUUAACUGUAACUUGGGAGUUCUGUUUUAAGAUAAACCAAAUGUGAUGGCUUUAUUUAUAUUUUAUAUUUAUAUUAUUUAUAUUUUAUAUGUGACUAUAAGAUAUACAGUGGAGGUAAUUUGUAGACAGCGAUAUUUAUGCAUUGUUUGAAAUACUUACAGCCGGGCGUGGUGGCGCACGCCUUUAAUCCCAGCACUUGGGAGGCAGAGACAGGCGGAUUUCUGAGUUCGAGGCCAGCCUGGUCUACAAAGUGAGUUCCAGGACAGCCAAGACUAUACAGAGAAACCCUGUCUCGAAAAAACAAACAAACAAAAAAAGAAUGAUGAAAUACUUAGUUUCUAAAGCAUUUCUGUUAUAAAAUGCCACUGUACAAAUAAGCAUAGAAUUUUAUGAAUACACAAAUCUAUUAUUUGCUUGUCAGCUUUAGUUUUAGAUUUAAUUCUGCUUAAAUCAUCUACUCAGAGUUACUAAUUAUUUUAAUGCUUAGUUAAAAUAUUUAAAAUUUACCUUGCAAAUUGUUUUUAAACUUUUUUAAAAUUCUUUCUUUUUGGAAGUUUUAUUUGGAAGUUCUCAUAGAAAACUAACCCAGAACAUUCUUCUGUUCUUUAAGUGUAGUGCCAACAUGCAUCCACACACAGGUUGAUGUAUUAAUCUGCCCUUGUCAUAGAUCACAAUACAGUCUAAGUGUAGUGGGAAUCUAAGACAGAAAUCUCAUCGUGACCACACAUGUGCCAUCACAUAGCCCAGAAUCUUAGGUCAUUGACUGCAGGGAGGAGAUAAAUAGGGAAGUAUUCUAUUUGUGAAGUAUUUACAUUAUUCAGAUAGUGGUGUAUAAAAUGAUCUUUCAUAUUCAUAAUUACCAUACCAAAUAUUCAGUGUAUGUCCUGGGCAAGUAAGUAUUUACAAAGUAAUUUUGCUAUUUUGCAAUUUUGUUGUUCUUCUACUUAUGCAUGUCCUGUGCUGUAUAAAAAUGGGGCUUUUGCUUGAACUUUUAAAGAUAUCUUUUUAUCUAAAAUUUUAUUUUUCUUUUAAACAAUAAGAGUAAUACUGGUUUCUUAUAUAUACUCAGUAAUUUUGUAAUGAUGCUUGAAUGUCCUCUAUUAAAUAUUUUUGUUGCAUAUCAUCUUUACAUAUCAUUGAAUUCUGAAAGUGUGUAAAGAUUUUAUUUAAAGAGAUACUGUUAGAUUGUUAUACAACAUUAGAAGCUUUUUAACCUAAUAUGUCAUUGACAUAUCCUUUUAUUACUGAUUUUUAAGUAUUUGAUUUGUAUUCUCUCUCUCUCAAGUUCUUCUAAUUAAUACUUGUGAAUACUUAAGAUUAAUCACAGAAUGCUAACCAGUGUUUGCCUUGUAUUCUUUGUAAUAAGUGUAGGUAUUUUUUACUUUAUACCAUUCUCAUUCUUGUCUUUUCUUUCCUUUGUAAAUAUUAACACAGUUUAUAUGUGUGUUAUCAAUCUGCUAAAAACCUUGCUACUAACAGGCAUCUUUAAGCUAUCUUUAAGAUUUCUCAACAAUGGUCUCAUGCAACAAAUAUUGCUUUUUUCAUGAUACCUGCCUCCUGUAGCAAACCUAUACUUAACUUCCCUCACAUGGAUGUCGAAUCUGAGCGGCAGAGUGGUUGCUGCUACAUUCCAGCCAUCCUUACGGCAUUCCUUGGUCUAAAUUGGCAGUCUGCAAGUAGCAGAAGGGUGGCUCUAAGAAGCCCCAGUCACAAGUGUGGCAGUGUGGGUGGCAGUGCUGUGGUCAGGAGGAAACCGAGUUCCAUUAUAUUAAGCUCAAUGAAUUUUUAUCAGUUUCCCUUACCGUCAGUAACUCUUGUUUAGAUUUCUUUUUUAUUAUCAACUGGGAAGUCAUUCAGCAUCACAAAUUGACAUUUUUUUCUAGAUAAUACUAUUUUUUUUUAAUUUGUGCAUUUAUUUGGUCAUGUAAAGUGUGCUUUCAACUAAUCAAAACAAGCAACUGGUGGGAAUUAAUGCACGACUAUCAGCAAAGUAGAAUGUGAGCAUGUGCUAUGAAAUGCAGUUUGCUCAUGCUUUUUUUCCUGUCAUAUGCACUCUAGUUUCAUUUAUAUUAUAGUCCAUUCUUUCUUUCUUUCUUUCUUUUUUUUUUUUUAACUUCUUCAUAGAUUGGCCAAAAUGGGAAGGACUGGAUUCUGCUCUCUCCCACGAAGAGUUAGUGGACUGGCUAAGAUCAAAGUCUGAGGCUUCUCCAUCACCAAUCAGGAACAGCUGCUGUGCUAAAGUACAGAGAGAUGUAACGUACAAUAAAGUGUUACCAAAAUUCCCUUUUUGCUUUCUUUUACGACCACAUGAAACUUGAGAAGCCACCUAAAGCUAUAUCACUUAGUGGAGUUGGGCAGUUCCCAGGUGUCCAACAAGAAGGCCUGGUUUAGGCUGCGAUGGCCACUGUCAUUCCUGGUGAUUUGUCAGAAGUAAGAGAUACCCAGAAAGCCCCUUCAGGGAAACGUAAGCGUGGUGAAAGCAAACCAAGAAAAAACUUUCCUUGCCAACUGUGUGACAAGGCCUUUAACAGUGUUGAGAAAUUAAAGGUUCACUCCUUCUCUCACACGGGAGAGAGGCCCUACAAGUGCACACACCAAGACUGCACCAAGGCCUUUGUUUCUAAGUACAAAUUACAAAGGCACAUGGCUACUCACUCUCCUGAGAAAACCCACAAGUGUAAUUACUGUGAGAAAAUGUUUCACCGGAAAGACCAUCUGAAGAAUCACCUCCAUACACAUGACCCCAACAAAGAGACCUUUAAAUGCGAAGAGUGUGGCAAGAGCUACAAUACCAAGCUUGGUUUUAAGCGACACUUGGCCUUGCAUGCUGCCACCAGUGGUGACCUCACCUGCAAGGUGUGUUUGCAGAAUUUUGAGAGCACAGGUGUGCUCCUAGAGCACCUGAAAUCUCACGCGGGCAAGUCAUCUGGGGGUGUGAAGGAGAAAAAGCACCAAUGUGAGCACUGCGAACGCAGGUUCUACACCCGGAAGGAUGUCCGGAGACACAUGGUGGUACACACAGGAAGAAAGGACUUCCUCUGUCAGUACUGCGCACAGAGAUUUGGACGAAAGGAUCACCUCACUCGACACAUGAAGAAGAGUCACAAUCAGGAGCUUCUGAAGGUCAAAACGGAACCAGUAGAUUUCCUGGACCCAUUUACCUGCAACAUGUCUGUGCCUAUAAAAGAUGAACUCCUGCCGGUCAUGUCCUUACCUUCCAGUGAACUCUUGUCAAAGCCAUUCACAAACACUUUGCAGUUAAACCUCUAUAACACUCCAUUUCAGUCCAUGCAGAGCUCUGGGUCUGCUCACCAAAUGAUAACAACUUUACCUUUGGGAAUGACAUGCCCCAUAGAUAUGGAUGCUGUUCACCCCUCUCAUCAUCUUGCUUUCAAAUGCCCAUUCAGUUCUACCUCAUACGCAAUCUCUAUUCCUGAAAAAGAACAGCCAUUAAAGGGGGAAAUUGAGAGUUACCUGAUGGAGCUACAAGGUGGUGCACCAUCUUCAUCCCAGGAUUCUCCAGCAUCGUCAUCUAAGCUAGGGUUAGAGCCUCAGAGUGGGUCGCCAGAUGAUGGUGCUGGGGACCUCUCCCUGUCAAAGAGCUCUAUCUCUAUCAGUGACCCCCUCAGCACACCAGCAUUGGAUUUCUCUCAGUUGUUCAAUUUCAUACCAUUGAAUGGUCCCCCUUAUAACCCACUUUCAGUGGGAAGCCUUGGGAUGAGCUAUUCCCAGGAGGAAGCACACUCUUCUGUCUCUCAGCUGCCCACACAAACACAGGAUCUUCAGGACCCUGCAAACACUGUGGGUCUAAGUUCUCUGCACUCACUGUCGGCAGCGUUCACCAGCAGCCUGAGCUCAAGCACUACCUUGCCCCGUUUCCACCAGGCGUUUCAGUAGAGUCUGGGCCGAGGGACUCACCCGAGGUGCUUGUGUAGCCCUGCCUGCAAUGACCAUUUAUAUUCUAGUGCCUACUUUUAACAUAAUACAAAAACUUCUGCUUUUGUAUAAUAUCAGGUUUUAUGAAGCCAGUAAAUAAUAGGAACUAGCCUCUUCGAUAAGCUUUGAAAUCGUUCGUGUUUAACUACGUUUGCUAUUUCUCCUGAUUUCCUGCCAGUUGUCAUAGUCUCAGAGUUUAAUUUCAUAUAGGAGCGCCAUUAUUAUCACUAAAUUUUACAAGUCCUAUGUUCAAAUUACUGUUAGAUCUUAAAUUUUUCAUUUUUGUCUAAUAGCAAUGGGCAUUGGACUUUUUUUUUUUUUGCAAAUAUUCAGUACAGUGUAAAUCUUAUGAAGUGUGUUGUGUGAAUAACUGAAGUGUUUCACAUUUUUUUACUAGCCACUAAAUGGAUUCAUAAUUAAGUGUGUUUUAAAUGAGUUAAGAAUCCAGUUUGGGGAGAGUAUAGUGGUUUCUUAAAUAUACCAUCAUUUCAGAUCAAUAUAUUUUGAGGACUGCUAUUGUCUGGCUAAAAUAUUUUAAGUUUCAGUAUCUAUCUAAAAGAAACCUAGAGAGGUAGCAGGGUGUUGUGUGUUAGUACUAGCCCUCAGGCUGGUUUGCCGCAUUUCAAUCAUCUUUCCAUAAACAGUGUGUGGCAUCGAAGUCAUCAGGAUCAGUGUAGAAAGGUUUUGUUAUAUGCCUGUCACCUUUCAUACCCCAGGAUGGCUUCAGUAUACCAGCGUUCUCAUUUUGCAUGGUGGACCACAGUUAUUCCAGAGUCUUAGAGCCAUUGUGGGACAAUAGACAGUAAAUAUGUGAAACCUACAAUGGCUGGGCUGCCUCAAUCGUCGGGGUGAUAGACUCCUCAACAGGAAGAUGGAUGUAAAACAGCCAAACCCCAGAACUUGUCCAGAGAAUUCCACUGUUGCCAGAGCUGAAAACUGAACUCCUUGGGUGCAGAGUAAAAGCCUAUCACAUCACUUCUAAAGCAGUCUUGCCCGGUGAGCUCUUGCUCAGUGCGUAUCCAUCUUGCCCUGCUGUUUUUGGAUGGAGAACUUAACAAUUAGACCCAUCAGAAAGCAACUUGAGGAGUUCUACAGUUUUACACAACCAGAAGUUGUAAGACCCUACUUUUACUCUGGGAAUCAGGAGGAAUGUUAGAAACAAGUUGAAUCUAUAGUGGAAACAGAGGAAAAUAAAGCAAACACCAAACGCAUAUGAGUGCACCUAGGAUGUGGAAUGCACUGAGUGAGGUAGCGAUGGACUUCCUCUUGUCAGACAGCCACCAGGAAUGCGAUCGAUGGUUCCAUGUAUAUCUUCCUAAGGGUUAUUUGUGGCAUCAACUUAUGAAAUGUAUCUAUUAAGCACUUGUUAACACCUUAUUUUGGGACCCCUUCUGUUGGGGCAGGGGUGAAGGGAGGUUUAUAGAAGGCUAUGUAUCUCUUUUUUAAAAGAAAGAAGAAGAAGAAACUAUAUUUUAAUUUCUGAGCACUCAUUAGCCCUGUAUGGGGAAACUCUUUCCCUUCUGUAAGGGCCAGUUAUCACUGCAUAUUGCAUUGUUUACCCAUCAUCCUAAAUGUAAUUACAGAUUACUGACGAUAAUGCAUUAUUUACAAUGCCUGGGAAUAGUCUAAAUUGAGGAGAAGUGUAAACUGUCAUUUGAAUGGGGCUUUCACUCUAUGUCAUACACACACCUAGUGCACUUCGUAGAAUCAGAGUUGCUCUCUAGAGGGUUCAAGCUCCUGGUUCUAACCCUAGAGCAGUAGUUUUUAUACUUAUGUAUUUAAAUUUUAUUGUGAAAAAUACAUUUUAUUAAAAAGUUUUCCAAAGGCAUUAAAAUUAUAUAUGUUAAUAAGGAAAUACAUGUUUAACUCUUCAAGCUGCUCCUAAGCUAUGAGUGGGAGUGCACUCACUCUGAAAGUGGGCUCUUAGCUCUGCUUCAUGACCGCUUCCUUAGUUUCUAUGAAACAGAUCACUUACCUAAUGUUCUAGUUGGAUGGUUAGUGUUCAAUAUUGCUUUAAUCACCACUUAAAAAGGAGGGGACAUUUGGUGACAGAGCACAAGUAAAUAAAAAAACCUAUUUUUAUGUAGAGUUCACAAGCACCACAUAUGAAAGCACUAGUUUAUUCUAUCUAAAAUUUGCUUAAGAAGUCACAUUAAUGACCUGAGACGUUGGCCUUCAUAGGCUGUAUGUAUUUCACUGCUAAUUGAAAAAAGGGAGUACCAGGAUAUAUGAAAUAAAGCAUUUUGAAAUGGGAAUGGCGCCAUAUAUGUGUGUGUGUAUAUAUAUAUAUAUAUAUAUAUACACAUAUAUAUGUGUAUGUAUAUGUAUAUAUAUGUGUGUAUAUGUGUGUGUGUAUAUAUAUAUAUAUAACAAAUAUAUUUUUAUCCUAACUCUUACCCUGCACGGAACUCUAGUACACAUCUUCCAGGGAACCAGUGUUAAAAUGUAGAGUCUUAAUUUUCUUGUAUGUACACCUCUUUGCCUGUUGCUGCCCCCGCAGACUUGAAUAACACUUCAAAGUAAGAGGGAAAGAAGCAAAUUUGUUUUUUGUUUUUGUUUUAUUGACUACAGUGGUCACUAAACCCUUUUUUGAUAGAUUUUCUAUUAAAAAUCAGGCAGCUUUUUUAAUUGCACAAUAUUUUAACAAGGACGUAACACAGAAUUGGCUCCACUCCUCCCGUAGAAAAUUCUGUCACUUGUUUUAUUUGAAGUAGGACUGCUUAGCGAUAGGCCUUGCCAAUACCCUUUUCAUUCUCCAUGGUCCUUGGAAUUUCUGAUAGUGCCUUAGCAUGGCUGAAAGAAAAGGGAUUAACAUUAACUGAUACAGUUUAUUGUGGCAUUUGGACCUCAGGCGAGAUGCUGAGCCCCAUUCAGUUUGACUUCCACAUGUGCAUGCAAACGGCAUGCAUCUGCGGGAGCGUGAGUGCGGAAAGGCCUGGCACUCUAAGCAAUAUAAUCCAUUGAUAUUUACCAAUAUCACCUUUGUAGUUAUUGUCUCAUAAGCUUUCAUUUAAAACCCUAUUACUUGUUCAGUUUUCUAUAAUUUAAGUUGCCUUGGUGGGUCUUGCACCCGUCUGUGUGCAGCUUUUUUUAAUUUCAAUCAGCAUUUCUUUAAAGCUGUGUGGUUUUUUGCCUAUUUGUUGCUUGUGCUUUAUUUUUCUAGUCAUUUGUGGAAUAUAGUGAUAUAGUGUGUUAAUUUGGACAGUGGCGGUUUUUUAAAACCAUAUACUGACUGAACCAUGAGCCAGAGCUGAUUGCUUUAUUAAGCUAAUAAUGAAUGUUAUAGAGUACAUAUUUCAGGAUCAUUCAUCUAGUGAGCAGUACACAUAUAGGCCAAUUAAAAAAUAGAGCUUGGUCAACCUCUAUACUUCACAUACUACAAGAUAUAGCACUUUCAAAAUGAACCUAAAUUUCUACAGAAACUUUCCUCUAUGUUACGCCUUUUAUUUUUAAGACUUAUUAUAUUCAUUUCAAGUGCCAUUAGAUGAUAUAUAUGUAGGCCUUUGAUAUAUAAUACUUUGUGUACAAAAAAAUGGUAGAUGAUAUUUUAAACAGGUACAUUUUUACAGUGUUUUCUUACCGAUUUGCUAUAUUGCACAGAAUCAGUGUGUGUCUUUUCAUAAGGUUUUACAAUGGGUUAUUUUUUUACAAGGUUUACGUAUCUCAAAGCACACUGUCUUCCCAGUCCAUAAGUAAGUUUAAAAAUACCAGUUCACCCAAGUUGCUUCUAGCCUACUGAGAUCCUUGUGACAUUGAAGGAGAUCUUUUCAAUGUUGAGUAUUCACCCUUAAUGAAGGCAGACUGUUUUUUUCUGACAAAUGAGUUUCUUGGUGAGUUUGUCUCAUUUUAUUCAUGCUGUCAGCAGCCAGGUCUACAAUACAAUGUAGCUCGAUUUUUGUAGACCUACAUAAAUACCUAAAUUGUGUUGUACUCACAGAGCACUCCUUUGAGAUUAUGCAAGAUAAUGUCUUCGUAGCAGACACAGAUCACCAAUAAGCCUUUCUACAAUGUUAGCAGCCCCUGGGGAUGGAAGGCAGUGUCUUUUGAUGAGUUAUCGAUCUCUAAAGAUGGCGAGGAAUUGUUACUGAUGUAUAAGACAUUUCAUUACAUAAGCUUCAGUGGUACAGAUGAACCAGAAUGAAUGUCUGUCUUCUCAGAAAUCCUCCUUCAACAUUAUAUGGGAUCAUGCUGCUACUGUCACUUGGGAUACAACUCUUCAUGGUGCUACAAACUUCUGUCUCAUUCAGUUGUAUUUUUUAUUCAUAGGAAAAGGACUAUAUAUAGGUGUAAAGGUGUACAAUAUAUUUUUAUACUGUGACUUUAAAUUGUCAUUAGCAAACUUUUACACCACCACAGUGUAUUCAUGUGCGCUUGCAAAAGGAGAUCUUGGAUGUGCAAAUGUUACCAGAACAAACCCAGCUUUUGUCCACAAAGUGACUGUAACUCAGAAUGGAAAGUGGGCUUGACAUAGGGUGUGGAGUGAAGAACAUGCUGUGAGUUACUAACAGCCCUUUGAAUUUAACAAAAACUGGGAAUCCAUUAGAGAAAUGGAUUGCAUCAUGCCUGAACAUAAGCUGACUGCUGUUUUUUUUGUUGUUGUUGGUUUUUUUUUUUUUUUUUUUUUUUUUUUUUUUUUAGCUAAUGAAAAAGUGUUUGGACUAGUACUCUAAAAAUGUUCUAAUGGUAAAGUUUUUGAGUCAAAUAGAAAUGAAAAAAUCUGCAUUCCAGACUGAAUUUUGUAUAUUUUUAUUGCAUUUUAAAUUGCUACUCUGUGAUAUUGGGAAAGCAAGUGGCUUAUCAUGUAUAUCAUGUACUUAAAAUGUAUUCACAAACUACUGUUGUAUUUGUAUAAAAUAUAGACAAAGAUUAUCUGUGUGUGUAACCUCUGUACAGUUGCUUCACGCCAUGAAACGUCAAUAAUCCCAUAGCUGAGAAACAUACAACCAAACAAGGAGGAUGCUUAUUGUCCACACACCAAGCUGCACACAGUCACUUGCUGCUGCCGCUUACCACCACAGCUGCUUAUGACCUGCAGUGGGAUUUGUUGUAAGGAAAAAGAUGGAUGAAUUCUGCAGAAUACUUGAGUUGAAUACAGAAGAACUUUAGAUACUAGAAAUCCACCCCAAAUCUUCAUAGAUGAUCCUUUACUGUAACAUUUUUCUUCAGUAUUUUUAAACAGUAUUAAUAUUUUGAGAAUUUACACACACAUACAUAGAGACAAACAGACAAAUAGAUCAUAUUUACCCUUUACUUCUCUCAGAACCAAUCCUUACUCUCUCCCAAAUACAUGUCCUUUUGUUUACUUAAUAACCCACAGAGUCUACUUUGUGCAGUCCAUAAAGCUCAUGGAUGGAGCAUCAUCCACCUACAGCACUAUCUUUUUUUCACUCACCAGUUUAAGGCUGGAACUGUAGACUCUAGAAAGUUACUCAUUUUAUAUGAAUUUGACAACUGCAGGGCAUUUAAUACUUUGGAGCUUUGGGAGGUGAUGAAGAGAUUAUUCAGCAGCAAAGAUUCUUGCAGAAGACCAAGCUCCAUUCCCAGCAUACAUGAUGGCUCACAACUGUUCGUAACUCAAGUUUCAGAGGAUCCAGUGCCCUCUUUGGACUCCCACAGGCACCAGACAUACAUAGCCACUUUUCUGUGUACUUUGAUCGGGUAAAGAAAAUAGGGGUUCUGGUAUUUGUAAUUCUGCCUUUCAUUUAAUCUCAGCAAGUAUGAAAGUAUCCCACAUUAAUCCUUAGAAUUAACACAAUAUAUUCCUAUGUAAAUCUGAUCACGUGAAGUACUUCAAGGGUGGUGUAGAGGGGGGAAAUGUGGCAUUUUUUAAAUACCCAAGAGCAGAAUACUCUGAAAAAAGACACCUAAGAUUAAUUUGUUUAGGGCAUGAUCUCUGCUAUGAAAACUUCAUUAGAUGCGUAGUUUUUUAUUGCAUCUUAGACCCAGUGGUGCCAAGUUUUUUGAGCUUCAUGAAAAACUAAGAACCAUAGCUCAUCACUAAGAAGAGUGAAAAGUCCAGUCUACCUGUACAACUGAACUGCCAGGUUUUCUUAUUAGCAUUGUCCUAACUGUGCUCUAAGGACAAGGCACUCACUGCUUAGCUAAAUCCUAGAACUUCAAAGAAAUCAGUUUCUUUUAAAAGGAGAAAUGUAUUCCUGGGUGAAGUGUCCAAGGCAGGUCGUAGUGUCUUGGAAUCAAAAUCCAAAUGUUGACUUGAGCCAUUCUCAACUGUCUUUUCCUAGAGCCAAAGUGAUUAAGUAUUUUUAAUUUCGGCCUAAAACAAAAACAUCAAAAUACCUUCAUUACAACUAUUUUCUCUUCCACAGAGAAAUCACAUGGUCACUCACCAGUCUAUUUGACAAGGCUUAGUAGUCUCUGGUCAACCAAUCUAGAUGUCACAUUGACCAUAUAUUUUAUAGAGUUAGCUACUCCUUAUGAUUUUGGUGGUUCUCUUCUAAUCAUACAAAGGUAGGGGGCGGAGGGGAGGAGGGCGGUGAAUUCUGUCCCUGGACAACAUCAGCCUGGGUCAGGAAUGUGAGCUCCUCCCCUGCUCUCCAUCCUCAUCUACCCUACAGAUUAGUCCUUGCCAGCCCCCAAAAUGAGCCGGUUCUUUAACCACACGCCAGUUUGGUUUUCCUGUAGAACUCUAUUACAGCUGGCUUUAACUCAGUUUUUUAAGAGGAUACCUUAAUGCAGUAAGUGGAGCCUCUUUGCUCUGAUAUCUUGUGGCAAAAUACAUCAAUUACCAGGUUUCAUCUACUUUAGAAAACACAUAAAGCAGUGUUUUGUGGAGGUUGUGCUCACAAAGGAAUCCUCAGAAUUCCCUUUUGUGCUGAUCUUCGUUGCCAUUACUGCAAGUGAAAAUAAUCUUUUCUUAAUAAGAAAAUAACAUGAAUAGCCCAGCCUAUUCAUAUACUGCUUUCCUCAGUGCUUGGAAUAAACACCAAUGCAUAUUAUAGAUAUGUAAGUGAAAAGGUCUGUGAAUCAGAUGUUUUUUUGAAAGCAAAUGAUACAUUCAUUGCAAUACUAAGGUCAAAUGGGCUGAGGAGAUAACAGAGUGAGCAAAAGUGCUGUAUAAGCAUGAGGUCAUGAGUUCAAAUCCCAGCACCCUCACCAGAGAAAGGGAGAGAGAGAACUGUAUGUACCCGUAACCCCAACAAUGGUAGGUGAGACAAGCAGAUUCUGAGCUCGCUGUCCAGUCAGCACAGCUGAAAUGAGAUUUGACUUCAGCCAGAGACCCUGUCUCAAGAGUAUAAGGCAGAAAUUGAUAGAGCACACCUGACAUUUGACUCUGGCAUCUAUAUGAGUGAGCAUGGGCAUGCAUGUUCAAUAUACACACACCUCACACACAUAAAUAAUAAUGAACAUCACAAUCAAGACUCCAGGCUUUGGUGAGGAUGAGAGAAAAAGAUGCAAAGCCAUUUCCAUUUAUAAUACUAAAUUUUCCAAAUGAUUCUACCUUUGAUCUAUCCUGUUUAUUCUUACAGAACUUUAAUCUUCCUUGGAGAUCCUUUCGAAAUCUAGCCUGUGCUGUCAAUCAUCUUACUGGAAAACAUUAGCAAACUGCUGUUACUAAAAUAAAAUUUCUGUAAUGAUGGCAUUUCCUAAGCAGGUUCCUGUAGCCUGCUUUUUAUGUCCUGGGAAUGCUCACUUUCUGAUCAGGCUAAGUCUUGGCUAUGAUUCCCUGUGGAAAGAUUGUAAGACAUGUCAGCCUUCCUACACCAGAAUGAGCCCAUUCUAUAUGCAUUUCAAGGUGACUUUAACACAAUCCUAAAUACCUUCUUCAAGGGUAAAGUACUACCUAGUACUAAAGUGAAUUUUCUGCCAUAGAGAAGAAAGAGCAUGUCCAUGUGUCUUCCUAAAUGCUAGCUUUGUCUAGUGAGUUUUAAGUUAGUGAUUUAAAUAAGUCCAGAAAUUUUCUUUCAUUCUUUUUUUUCCCUUUUUUCUUUUUUAUUAGGUAUUUUCCUCAUUUACAUUUCCCAUGCUAUCCCAAAAGUCCCCCAUACCCACCCAUUCCCACUUUUUGGCCCUGGUGUACCCCAUUUUCUUUCAUUCUUAACAAUAUCUGCCCAUUUCUCCUCUUGCUGUCCCUAUAACUUUACUGUCAUUUCAUGGAGUAACUCUCUGGUCAUUAUAAUAGAGUUUUCCCAACAUUUUCCCUUCAAAUCGCCUGUUCUUCAUCCCUGGCAUGUAUCAUUCGUUCCUCCUACCCUAGAAUUCCACGUGCUAAAACUUGACUCAUCUUCCAACAUCCAAAUGGUUCUUCUAUAAAGAUGCAUCUGGUCUCACCCACUGGACAAUGAUUUCCCUCCAGACCUUACUAAUCUUCAGAUACUGUACAGCCCAAGCAUUUGUCUACACCUAUGGCAGAUAAUUGACUCAUAACAAUUGGACCAAAGGCAAGUAACAGUUAUCGCCUAAAAAAAAAAAAAAAAAAAAAAA